UGAAUGCAGUGACAACUAAGUUCGGAAAUCUCUACGUAACCUGUGAUCAUGUUUCAAGUUUAUACAUCACGACCUCACAUCAUCAAUAGAUAAGAUGAGCCGCGCUGUUCGCUAUCUAUAUCUUUUAGAUCUUCAGGACGCAAUGUCUCGCGAAUUGCAGUCGACGCCUAAUUUGGACUAUGUGAAAUAUCUAAACAGAGCUCAACUUCUGGAUCUCCUGGAAGACGAUGAAACGAUACGAGCCACUGUCAGAGUCAAUUCAAAGUUAAAGGCUCUUCAGAGAUAUAAAGCAGUCUUGCUGUCCUCCAGUUUCUGGCUGGCAAAGCAGAAUUUAGUUUAUAAGCCCUAUUUGACCAAAACCAAGAUACUUUUAGCUGAAAAACACCAGGAACUUGGUCAACUGGUCUCAUCAAUUCAACACAAAGAAAGAAAGCUGGAAACUUUACAGCAGAAAUUCAAUCUUCAACUGAUUCAUAGAUUAUUUAAAGAGAAGAUCAAUCAUUCUGUGUGGGAAUCUAAGUAUAUAUGGCAGACAUUCACUGAAGGAAAACUGCUGCCUGAAGAUUUUGUGGAAUUAAUCCAAAACGCACAGAAAUUGUACCAUAAACGUCUGGUCCAGGCCGAGAAGAUCCAGGAUCUCAUUGCAAAGAUAAUUUAUAAGAGAGAUGUUUUUCCGUACAUUGGGCAUCAUUCAAACCUUCAGCACACACCAACCACAAUCAAUGUUUUUGCUGGCGUCUCUCCUGUGAUCUUGCUGCCUGACCUUCAGUCAUCACAUCUUGCUCCCCUGAGGCAUCAUUGCUUUGUUGAUUCCUUAUCCAACAAAGACUAUUGUAGGUGCACAGAGAAUCAUAGAUGGCCACAAAGACAUUGUUUUUUAAAGCCACUUGAAAAGAUUCACAAGCCAAAAACCCCAGAGUAAAAUGUUCUGAACAUUCAUCUUUACCAAUGUAAUAAAACACUGUUGUUGUAGGUUUUGAACUAUUUAAAACAAUACAAAAGCUAUGAAGUUGGCUAAGCCAAUGCUUAUAACUUAAUAAAUACUUCAACAUUAUAAUUCAUUAUAAUGCUCACUGCCUGAGAAUGGUCCAUUGGGGGUCCAGGUCUUUGAUCAGAGUCAUCUCUAUAAUUAGAGCUCAUUAAACAGGCAGAGAGAGGUUAAAGGAGAGCCUUUGUCUGCUGUUGGCUUGUCUGUGUCUAGAUAAUACUUUGGUUACAUCGCUGUCAGUAUGUGCUAUUGUCUGCCACAGCUCAAAUUGGGCAAUUUUCUCA